CCUCCUCCUUCCCCAUCAUCAUCUCCACCUCCUCCUCCUCCUCCCCGCCCGGCUGAGAGGGGUCGGGGGAGGGGGCAGCAUGGCCUGGCCGUCCGGCCCCUUUUCCAACGCUCAGCUGCCCCGGGAGUGUGGCGCUGCGCCUCGCAGGGAGAAGAGGUCCGAAUGGAGACAGAAGCCAGCCAGCCCGGCCUCGCCUCCCCGGACUCCCCCCACGACCCCUGCAAAAUGUUCAUCGGGGGAUUGAGCUGGCAAACCACGCAAGAAGGCUUGCGGGAGUAUUUUAGCCAGUUUGGCGAGGUGAAAGAGUGCCUGGUCAUGAGGGACCCGUUGACAAAGCGAUCCAGAGGAUUCGGGUUUGUCACUUUCAUGGACCAAGCUGGUGUGGACAAGGUACUGGCCCAAUCUAGACACGAACUGGACUCCAAGACGAUUGACCCAAAGGUUGCAUUUCCCCGCAGAGCACAGCCCAAGAUGGUGACACGGACCAAGAAGAUAUUUGUGGGCGGCCUCUCCGUGAACACCACCGUGGAGGAUGUGAAACAGUAUUUUGAACAAUUUGGGAAGGUGGACGACGCAAUGCUCAUGUUUGACAAGACCACAAACAGGCACCGAGGUUUUGGAUUUGUCACAUUCGAAAGUGAAGACAUUGUGGAGAAAGUCUGCGAGAUCCACUUCCAUGAGAUCAACAACAAAAUGGUGGAAUGUAAAAAAGCUCAGCCAAAGGAAGUGAUGUCCCCCACUGGCUCUGCGAGAGGGCGGUCCCGGGUGAUGCCUUACGGAAUGGACGCCUUCAUGCUCGGGAUUGGCAUGUUGGGUUACCCAGGUUUUCAGGCUGCCACCUACGCUAGCCGAAGUUACACGGGCCUUGCGCCUGGCUACACUUACCAGUUCCCUGAAUUCCGGGUAGAGAGGACCCCCCUCCCGAGUGCCCCAGUCCUCCCUGAGCUGACAGCCAUCCCUCUCACUGCGUAUGGACCCAUGGCGGCGGCAGCAGCAGCAGCGGCUGUGGUGCGAGGGACAGUCCUGCUUCCUCCUGUAGGGUCCACCCCGAAUCGCACCGGUGGAUUCCUGGGCACCACCAGCCCCGGGCCAAUGGCGGAGCUUUACGGAGCAGCCAAUCAGGAUUCAGGAGUCAGCAGCUACAUCAGCGCAGCGAGUCCCGCCCCGAGCACUGGCUUUGGCCACAGCCUAGGGGGACCUUUGAUUGCAACAGCGUUUACUAAUGGUUACCACUGAAGCUGAGGACCAAGGAAGGAGGAGAUUCCCCAGUGAGCAAACCAAGGACAAGCAACCUGGAGGAUCCGGCAACACUUGAGGGAUGAGCCAAGAUUUCAUUUUUAGUAAAUAAAACUGCACACUCGUGGCUGUUUGCUGGGCUUCUCCCGGCCUGCCCUGAUCUCUCCAUUGACCAGAUCUUGAGCACUGGAUUUGAGCGCAAGGAGAUCUUGUCUCCUCUUCUUACUAACCGCUGACCGUUUACACUUCUCCCCAAACCCUCCACCCCGACAAUUCUUCUUUUAUUUAUUUUUGUUAGCUUGUUAGCUUUUAUUUUUUAAUCUUUUUGGGGGGGGGAGGGAGUGGGGGGGGUGCUGGGGAAGGAGGACCGAGGAGGUGUGAAGUCAGUCCUCUCAUUGUCAUUGUUUUUUCGUUGUUGUGGUUCUUUUUGCUCUUUUGCAGAGCCUCUCAGAAGAACCGUUUUUAUGAAUUUGGAUUUUAUUUUAUUGUGAUUGUGAGUAGGGGGUAGCUUUUAUUGAGGAAUAUUUUUAUUUGGCUUUGAAAUCUUUUUGUUUUGUUUUGUUUUUAGAUAUAUAUUAUAUAAAUAUAUAUUUGGGGGGGGCAGGGCAGGAGGAUGGAACAGGACUCGGUCAUGAGAAAGCAAAAGGUUAUCUCGGAAAAGACGCAUUGAGAUGUCAAGUGAAGGCAGUUCCGAAGGGUAGGCAGAGAGCAGGGAGAUGUUGCAGAUUCUCUUUCUCUCUUGUCUCUCUCUCUCUCUCUCUUUUUUUUGUAAAAGAAGAAACCUUUUCUUUCUAUCAAGGGUGAGGCUUUGAGAAACAUGCCGAAUUAGCAGAAGGCAAUUGCUAUGGAACGAAUAAUGAACUGUAUAUUUUGCUAAGUGGGAGAAGAAGAAAAAAACACUAUUCCUUAUGACUGAAUUCCCCCCUCCCCUCCUUUCCCCUCCCCUAGAUUUUAGGCUUCUGUGGGUUUUUAUUAUUGUUAUUUUGUUCUCCACCCCCUUCCCUUCGAUCUUUCCUGUAUCAUAUGUAAAUAUUGCAGGGCGGUCUUCGGCCUUGUUGUGCACCGAGCAAACUCUGGGUUUCUUAAGCUUCCUUUCUUUUUCCUCUUCUCAUUCUGGGCCUCUUGAUGCCGAAAACGUGAGCAAUACUCUCUCCAGUUGGACCGUGAUGAACCUCUUUUCCCUUCCCCUUUUUUAUACCUUUUACUGUAUAAGAUUUUAAGACCUCUGGGAGUCUGGUGGGAUGGGGAGCAGGAGGAGGAGGAGGGCGCUUGG